AGGCUGACUCCUGAGGGGGCAUUGACUGGGUUUGGGGCAUUGGAAAGAGGCAGAUCAGCAGCCUCUAAAAUGAAAAUUCUCUUUUAAAAGCACCCAGCUUUUAAGCACAAAAAGCUUCAUUUCCCUUUUUUAAAAAAAUCAGGUAAAAAGUAACAUCCUGCAAAAAUGAACCAUCCACACCCAGGAUUCCUUGCAAACUACAACAGCCUAACAGACAAGUACCUGGCAGGCUAUUUCAGCAACACCAGGAUAAGACGUCACCUGCAGAGAUCAGGGCUGGUCUCAAGAAGUGGAAGGAUAAUAUCUGAAAAAGAAUACCGGUUAAAUACUAUGAAGAAGGAUCACCAGAAGUAUAUCCGGGAAUGUUUGGCUCAGGCCAUAUUCCACAAAGUCCUUGACAUGGAACGUCAUCACCAAGUUGAAACAAAAAGAAAGCUUGAAAAUUCGGUGAGGAAAGAGCGCAUUCAAAGAAUCAAGGUGGAACGAUCAAAAAGGUCAGCAGAAGAUAAACAUUUCCUGCUUUCUCCACACCCACCCACUGCGCCAAAGAAUCAUUUUGGACGCCACCGAUUAGGUGACAGAGGACAAUUGGGUCAUUCGACUACGUAUCCUCGACCAAGCACUGCACCAGGAAACAUACAGCAUCCAGUCCGACUGCAGCCACUUUACAGCAAUGCCAUGACAGAACCAACUCUCAAGACAGCUUCAAGUUCCAGACCAAAGUUCUCAACAUUUGAAAAAGCUCAAGUACAUCAUUUUGCCAGUGGGGGAGAGAAAAGUUUAAGACCUAUGUAUUCAAUGGAUUUUUCGUCUGGAAUAUCCCCUUACCAACUUCCCAUCAUUAACAAUUACGUGAUGCCUAUUCCACCUCUGCCCCCGAAAAAUGAGAAGAAUGUGACAAAACAUGGAACAUCAAGAAGGCGACGAUAUCGCCCAACAACUGCACCAAAUAGCUUGGAACAAUCAUUAAUGAAGGACGCAGGCAAAUUCUACAAGUCUCAAGUACACACCAAUGCAUAUGUUACCAUGAUCUAUUUGGGGAAAACUGUGCACCUGUGCCAUGACCUUUUUGAUUGCCGAGAUGAAAUAAAAAUAUAUCAGCAGCACUGUGGAGGAGAAAAUGUGUGUGUGUAUAGAGGCAAAGUACUGGAGGGAGAUACUUUCCACUUUAUCUCCAAGCGGCACCAUGGCUUUCCCUUUAGUCUGACCUUUUAUCUCAAUGGUAUGCAAGUGGAUCGCUUAAGUUCUUGCUGUGAAUACAAGCAUCGGAAGGGUAGUCGGCUAGGAGGCAAGCAUGGACACUUUGGUUUUGUCAACGUGGAAAGAUCGUCUCCUUGUUAUAAGUGUAUCAUUGCAAUGGGUCUGGACGAGAAGCCUUUCCCACCCAAGAAAAAGAUGACUGAAAAAGAUAAAGAAAAGAGAGAUUUCAAAGGGAAAAGAUUGAGCUAUAAAUUAACAAAAAACAGCAUCAGUGCAGAGGAGAACAAAGACACAGUGUCCAUGGCUUCUUCACCUCCUGAAGAUGAGUUUACCGGAGGCUUCACGGAAAUGGAAAUGGAGGCAAGAAGAAUAAAAGGAAACAGAAUCAAAUGGGAAAGGAACCUGAGGAGAGUACCUGAUUAUGCAUAUGAUGAAGAUUUUGAAGCAGAUGAAGAGAAAUCAGAUGAGAAAGUUAAUGAAGAAGGACGGGUGGAUGAUCAAAUGAAUGGAAUGUCAAAGUCACCCUCAGAUGAUGAAAAAGAUAAUUUAGACCAUGAAAAGGAGAGUAAGAACUCAUCACAGAAAGCUUUGCAGGCUUCUGACAGUGAACGAGAUGAAAGUGAUGGAUCCUUGGAGAGUGACUUGGAAGAGGAUAAACAAGGUAAAGCAGCUGAUUUGGAAAUGGUCGCAGCUGCAAGAAAGAUUCAGUCAUUUUAUAGGAAGCACAAAGGUCUACAGCAAACUCAGAAAGUCCAGCCAGACAGGAAGUGUGUGCCUUCCCUCUCAUCCAGCAGCAUUGUAUAUAGCAGUGAAAAUGACUCUGACCGUGAAACAAGAGGACAAGAUGAGGAUAAAGAAAAUUCUGACAUACAUUCAGAAUAUGAAAAUGAAAAUGAAAGGAAGGAAGAUCAAGAAACUAGUCUGGAGGAAGAGGAGGACAUAAGUGAAGCAGAAAACACAACAGACAAAAAUGUGUCCAGCAUUUCUCAUGAAAACAUGAUAGAAACAAAUCUUCAGGACAUUACUUUGGUCACAGAGACAGCCAAGCAUAUAUGGUCAGUAGAUUUGAACGUAAGGGAAAACAGGGAGGAGGAUGUGUUAGUGCAUUUGGAAGGCAACAUUCCAGAAGCAGAGUACAGAAGCAAGGAGCUUUCAGAUACUGAGGACAGAGGUGAGUACAAAUUGGUCAAAGAGAAAAUAGCAGAGGCCAUUGAAAAGGAUCACCUUUUGAGUUCUGAACCUGAAGACAGUGAUUCCAGUGCAGAGGAAGAGGAGGAGAACAUUAUUUCUGCUCAAGAUAAAAAUGAAGUGCCAGAUGGAGAUUCGUUGGCAGAAGAAUUGAAAAUGCUUGGAUCACAGGCGGCUACACUGCAAGUGGAAAAAGACAAGCAGAUGGUGAGCAAUGAAAGAACACUUGAGGAAGAGGAGCGUCUAGCUGAGGAAGGAUGCAAAGAAACAGCCCUAGAAGAAAAAUCAUCAGCCAAAAACAUUGCAGCUCUUACACUGAAGCAGGCAGUAAAGAAUGAACCACAGGGAGAAGAGAGAGAACUGGAGAAAGCAGCACUGGUUGAAUUUAGUCUGGAAAUGGACAGUGUAGAAAAAGACAUGAUAUAUGAAGAAGGAAAAUCAUAUGAGGGGAACGCACAAGAAGACCAAGAAGUAGAAAAACUGAAGGAGACAGUAUUAGGAGACGGAUCGUGUAAAAGAGAGGACAUAUUGGAGGGUUACCACAAGUUAGAGAGGAAGGAUGUAGAGGACCAGAUGUUCAUUGGUGGGUUAAUGGCUAACAAGGAAGCAUCCAAUGAAGUUGCAGAAGAAACAGGUGAAACAGCUGCAGUUUUAGAAGCUAUAAAAUUAGAAGGAAGAAAAGCUACUAUGGAGGAAGAGGAACAUGGGGUAAAUGAGGUUAUAGAAGCAGAAACUGAGGCAGAUGUGGUUAUGGGAACUGUAUUUAUGGAAAAGGACACUGUGGGGAUGCCACGAAAAACUAUGGAAGAAGCUGAAGCUGGAGGAAGUGAAACUCUGCAAAAAACUGAACAUGAGGAAGAGUCUGGGGGAAAACCUAAUGUAAUCAAAAAUGAAAUUACAGAAGGUAUUUCUUUGAAUGGAGAUGAAUAUGUAAAUGUAGAACUGAAAAGCGAUCCUAUUAUGGAGACACAGCUUGUAACACCAGCAUCAAAAGAGGUAGAGUUUAUCACCAUAUACAAAAACGUAGAUGUCCCAGAAGAGUCAGUACCUGGUAGCAAUGGUCUUGUGGGGGAGGUUUCAUCUGACCAGGAAGAGUCAUGUCUGAUGGAGGAAAAAUUAGAAACAACAUCUCGAGUGAGCAAGAUGAAAAUUCUGUCUAACAAUGAAGAUGUAGCACGAGAAAAAUUGGCUACUUGGAUGGACGAGCCCUUACUGGAUUGGGAAGCUGAGAGGGGCAUGUUACUAAGAGAAGAAGAAAAUAAGAACAGCUAUGGAGCAAUAGUAACAACUGAAAGAGAGGAAAAAGCAGAUAAGCAAAAUGCUGAAGGAAAUUCAGAAAAAGAAGCAACAGUAAAAGACAGGUUAUUGGUUGAGGAUCCUACACAGGAAGAAGAGAGUCCAAUGGAAGCUGUGGAAGUGGGAGUUGAAGAGGAAUUGAUAGAACAGGUGUCAAAAUCCAAAGUGACAGGUCCAGAAAGAAAGCUGAUAACUAAGAAAGACAAGUGUUUUACAGAAGAUGCAAUUGCGCCAGAAGCUAUGGUGAUGCUGGCUGAAGAAACAAUAAUGAUGUCAAAGCCAGAAGAGGUUGAAGCUGAAGAGGCAGAGGAGGAAAGUAAGGCCUUGGUUAAAGGGAAGGUGGAGGCUGAAGAGGUGGGAGGAAAGGUGGUACUUAAAGGGAAGGAGGAAGUUGAAGAAUAUGAGGCAGAAAGAGAGGUUGAGAUUAAAGGGAAAGUGGAAGAUGAGGAAGCAGUGGCGGAAAGAAAAGUGUUAGUUAAAGGGAAGGUAGAGUCUGAAGAGGCAGAGCUGGGAAGAAAGACGGUGCUUAAAGGGAAGGUGGAGGCUGAAGAGGCAGAGGUGGAAAGAGAGGUGGUGGUUAAAGAGAAGGUUGAAGCUGAAGCUACAGAGGUGGAAAGAGAGGUGGUGGUUAAAGGGAAGGUGGAGGCUGAAGAGGCGGAGGUGGGAAGAAAGAUGGUGCUUAAAGGGAAGGUUGAAGCUGAAGCUACAGAGGUAGAAAGAGAGGUGGUGGUUAAAGGGAAGGUGGAGGCUGAAGAGGCAGAGGUGGAAAGAGAGGUGGUGGUUAAAGAGAAGGUUGAAGCUGAAGCUACAGAGGUGGAAAGAGAGGUGGUGGUUAAAGGGAAGGUGGAGGCUGAAGAGGCGGAGGUGGGAAGAAAGAUGGUGCUUAAAGGGAUGGUUGAAGCUGAAGCUACAGAGGUAGAAAGAGAUGUGGUGGUUAAAGGGAAGGUGGAGGCUGAAGAGGCAGAGGUGGGAAGAAAGAUGGUGCUUAAAGAGAAGGUUGAAGCUGAAGCUACAGAGGUGGAAAGAGAGGUGGUGGUUAAAGGGAAGGUGGAGGCUGAAGAGGCGGAGGUAGGAAGAAAGAUGGUGCUUAAAGGGAAGGUUGAAGCUGAAGAGGCAGAGGUGGAAAUAGAGGUGGUGGUUAAAGGGAAGGUGGAUGCUGAGGAGGCAGAGGCAGGAAAAAAGGUGGUAAUGAAAAGGACGGUGGAAGCUGAACAUCUAGAGACAAAGGGAGAAGUGGUGUCUGUAGACUCAAGACCUAAAGGAGAAAUAGUUUCUGAGGUGAGCAUAGUGGGGGGACACAGCAUAGAAGAUGUGACUGCAGCAAAGGCGGCAGAAACACAGCAAGUAUCUGAAUCAUCUAUACAAAAAGAAGAGAGGAGAAAGGAGAAUGAUGCAAGACUCCAAGAAGAAGUGAAAACAGCAUCUGAAGAAACAUUAAGAGCAGAAGAAUCAAUUGAUACGCUGUUGCUGAAGGAAGUGGUAACUGUUGAAGAUGAGAAAGCAGGAAUAGAAGAAAAAGAAGAGGGGAUGGGAGGAGAAAUAGUCCCUAUAAAGUAUGUAGAGGAAGCAAUAUUAUUUGGGAUACAAAAGCUAAUCAGUGAAGUAUCACAGAUUAGUGUGGAAGCUAUGAAAGAUGGACUUGAAGAUUUAAUAGAGGAAAUGUCACCUCAUGAGGAUGCCACAAGGGAGGACAUUUUUGUGGCUGUAGGAGAAGAAAGGCAGAUUUCUCAGAGUGACAGCUCUGAGGAGAGAGAAACCAAAGAGCUUGUGGAAGUAAUCCAUUUGGAGGAAAAACGUAGAAGUGGAAGUAGCCAAAUAAGUCACGAAGAAUCUCACAUAGAAAAUCUGCCAGUGACAGAAAGCAUUCAUGUGAUCACACAACAUUCUGAAAGCGAGCAGCAGCAAGACUUCACUGCACAAAUGAUAUAUCUAGAGGCACAUACAUCCUCUGACUUAGAAGACCGGAAUUAAUGGUGAAGAAUUCACUAGGAUCUGCCGUUCUGCUCUUGCCAUCAUUGCAGUCCCAAGAAAUAGCAGGGGGCGAGGAACUCACUUGUGCAUUGUCUUCACUUCUUCUUCUGCUUGUAGUGUACUUCCAGCUUUCCAUGAUUAUUGUUAUUAUUAGCAACUCUUUAACAAGUCACUCUAGAUUGGUACUGGCUGGGAUAUCUGCUUUCUUCUUUCUUUCUUUUUCUUGUUGAGUAGCAUAAAAAUCUGUCACUUUGCACCAGAACAGCUCAAGACAAGUGAAACGAGCCGCUCUAACUCCCUUUCAGAAAUAGCACUCCUUUAUAAUUAUAAAGAUAAUAAUCAUGAAGCUCUUCCAACAGCUGCCACACUUUCUUUUCGAAAACUGAGAAUUAAUGCUUUAAUGGAACUUUAAAAAAAAAUCACCCAGCUAAUUGUAAUGAUAGCGAGGGCCACAGGAGGCAUUUGUGUAGAACAAUGAAGCUCCUGUAAGGCGAUCCGAGCACUGUAUAUGUUGAUGAUUGUAUCCACUUCCCCCAUGCCAACCUUUGUGUCUUCUUAGAUAGGAAACUCUUUGUUAAGAGGAGCGCUGUGUGUCCACACCUAUUUAUUCCAGCAGAAUGUGGUAUCUGUAUAUGUGCACUUUGAUUAGGUCUUCUCUACAUGGUUCACAAUGUAAGCCUCAAAUGAUAAUUUAAAUCAAAAAACUAAUGAUGGAAACCACUUUGCUCUUAAUGUUGAUUGGGCUCUAUAAUAAACAGAAGAAAUGCAACCUC